GUGCGCGUAGGGGGCGGGGCCGCGCGCAGAGGGCGGGGAGGUGGGCAAGAUGGCGCCUGCCGAGUGAUCCUCCUCGGAUCCCUCCUGCCGGCGCGGAGACACCGGGGCGGGGGUCCUGCAGCCGCUACCUCCCUUCCUCCUCUCCCCCGCCCCGGAGCCUUCCUCCUUCCCUUCCCCCCUCCACCUAGGGGGGCGGGCCUGGUUCUCGGGACACCAUGUCGGACUCUGAGGAGGAGAGCCAGGACCGGCAACUGAAAAUCGUCGUGCUGGGGGACGGCGCCUCCGGGAAGACCUCCUUAGCUACGUGUUUUGCUCAAGAAACUUUUGGGAAACAGUACAAACAAACUAUAGGACUGGAUUUCUUUUUGAGAAGGAUAACAUUGCCAGGAAACUUGAAUGUUACCCUUCAAAUUUGGGAUAUAGGAGGGCAGACAAUAGGAGGCAAAAUGUUGGAUAAAUAUAUCUAUGGAGCACAGGGAGUCCUCUUGGUAUAUGAUAUUACAAAUUAUCAAAGCUUUGAGAAUUUAGAAGAUUGGUAUACUGUGGUGAAGAAAGUGAGCGAGGAGUCAGAAACUCAGCCACUGGUUGCCUUGGUAGGCAAUAAAAUUGAUUUGGAGCAUAUGAGAACAAUAAAACCUGAAAAACACUUACGGUUUUGCCAGGAAAAUGGUUUUAGUAGCCACUUUGUCUCAGCCAAGACAGGAGACUCCGUCUUCCUGUGCUUUCAGAAAGUUGCUGCUGAAAUCCUUGGGAUCAAAUUAAACAAAGCGGAAAUAGAACAGUCACAGCAUAUUGUCAGGGCAGAAAUAGUGAAGUACCCGGAAGAAGAUAAUCAACAUACCAGCUCUGCUCAGAGUAGAAUCUGUUCAAUACAGUAGUGCAGAGGGUGGUGAAGGCAGAUAUUGUAAACUACAACCAGGAACCUAUGUCAAGAACUGUUAACCCUCCUAGAAGCUCUAUGUGUGCAGUUCAGUGAGCGCAUUUUUCUUUUGUGUUGAUAGUUCUGGCUGCCCUUCACCUCUGGGUGGGCCUGAGGACUUCUAGGAACUUGUUUUAUCAGUGACCAUCUCUGUAGUUCAGUUAACAUUUUCCUCCCAACUUGCUUCAUCAUUGCUGUUGCCUCACAGUGGCAGGCCGCUCCUUGGAUUUGAAAGAAUUCAACUUUGGGACCACACACUUUGAAUUCAAAAUGGAAAACUCAUUCCCUGGACUUAGACUGCUUCGUUGCAAAAGAAUGAUGUUGCUUCUUUGUAUGUCCUUGCUUCUUUUUUCAGUGAUGUAAAUUUUUUUAACUUAAUAUGAAAACUAUCCAAGUCUUGAUCAUCAGCCAGGAUUUUGCCACAGCAAUUUCAUUCUCUUAUCGGAACCUGUAUGUGUCAAAGUAUACUUCAGAGUGCAAACAUUAAGCAAGUAAUAUAUUUUACCUACAGAUACUUACGAAGACAUUCUUUAGCUAUCUAUUGUGACUAAAAGUAUAUAAAGCUGUAUCUAACUGAAAAUGCUGGAAAUAAGGCUGUAAUAGAAAUAUUUUUUCAUUUUUUAAAAAAGGGCCUAAAUUGUUUAUAUUGUAGUUCGUAACUCACAAAGUAGUGAGUAUUUGAUAUUGUAUUUUUAUUACUGUAUCAUUGUCGUUAUGUAUUGUGUAAUACUCAGGUUUGAAGGCUUUCUGAAUUUUGAUAAAUGUUCAGCUGAUGCUCCACAUGGAAUUUCUCCUGCAAACUGCAUAAGAGUACUCCCGCAAAUGAGUUACGACAUUGUGGAUCAGACUGUACCUGAUGUUCAGAUGUUUUUCUUUCAUGAAUAAAUUUAUUUAAAUUAC